ACGGUUUAGGGCAAGGAGAGCCUGCGCGGGAGAUGUAGGCCGACACCAUGGCUGUUUGGCUGAGCACAACUGCCCCGCUGGGAUUUGAAGAAUCCACCAUCCUUCAGUUUCUCUGCAGGCAUUCAUGGCAGGUGAUGUGCCCAUCCUUACGUUGACUCGUUACAGGUACGUGUAUUUAUGCCCCUACCACUCUUCACUAAUUCUUUCCACUCCGGCAACACAACAUCCAUUAGUAUGGUGCUCGGCUAGGUUCCCCUAUAUGUCUUUCCCGUUCAUGGACAGUUCCUUCUUACACCAAACAAUUACAUUAUCCUGAUAUCAUCUCAAUCCGAAAUUUUGUGCAGGUGAUGUUCAUACUGGUUGUGGUCAAUUUAUUUCGGCAGAUCUUGGAGGCUGGUACUCCCAUUUCUUACUUCGGAAAUGCUUCAACUGAUAAUUUCCGAUGGCCUCUGGACAGGCUUACCCUGUGUGGUCAGCAUUUGCGAGAUCAGGGUGCCAGCAUGGCUACUUACAGUUUAAGAAGCUUUGUUCGCAAUGACAGUGAAAGGUUUCCAUUUUCUUCUUCUUUUUCCCUGGCUGUUUCUACUUUUCUUCUGUUCUCACCUCCUGCCAGCGUGACUCAUGAAAAUGAGACAAGGCUUGGUAUUCGCUGGUUUAGUCUCUGAUUGACAUUUGACAGUGUGCUCUGCUACACCAGCAGCAGAGCACACUGUCAAAUGUGAAUCACACACCUCACAACUCGACCAACCACAUCAUCUCCAACUCCACAAGUACAAGAGCAGGGAGUCCCCAUGGACGCGGUGGAGUCCUCGUCGCCCUACUCGCCUCCCGAGCUGCGCCACAAGCUGCGGACCACCGUAUGCGGCUGCUUCGGCUCGCCUUCUUCACCGGUCACCGGCGCGGGGAGGCCGCACACCGGUGGCGGCAGGGCCAGGAGGAGGCGAUGCGUGGCAGCCAUGGGGGAGUUCAGGUACGACCCGCUCAGCUAUGCGCUCAACUUCGACGAGGGCGGCAGCGACGACGACGCCUUCCGGUACAGGAACUUCAACUCGCGACUUCCGCCCUUGCCGACACCGGCUGCCCGGCGUCUCACCACGGUCGCCAUCGCCUGAACUGAAUCAUAGUAGCUAGCAACCGUCGUUUUUUACUUGUGUAGGUUCUGUCUCUCUGAUUUUGUAAGCAAUUCAGGAGGUACCAUCCUACCAGUAGCAGCUACCAUACGUGCGUAAAUGAUUUUUUUUGUCAGUUUACAAGUCAAUGUCCCGGUUGUUCGCCAUUGUAACUGAAGUAAAUGUACAAGAAGAAGAAGCAUUUGAACAA